AUGUCAGAACAGAAGAAUUAUAAUCAAUCUCAAAAAUUUCAACAGAGAGUAAAAAAUCUUGGAAACAGAUUUUCAAAUAUGGCCAAGUAUAAAAUUGCAUUUCACCAUAAAACUCAUAGGAAAUACCAAGAUGCACUGAAUAUUGCCAAAGAAAUUCCUGAUGACUACAAAAAUAUAAAGAUGCUUAUAGCUUAUUGCUGCAAGAAAAUUGAUGAUGAAGAAAGUGCUUUUAAACUCUAUAAAGAAAUUGCAAAUAAAAAUAUAUCAUCACAAUCAGAU